UUAAAGAAACGUAAAUCAUGUGUAAUCACUGAUAUGAAAUCGGCAAUCCCGACUGGUGCUCCUAAAUGCACCUGGGGAACGCGUUCUUAUCAGAGAUGGGGGAGAUUUUCAACCAUAGCUCUGGCAACGGCAAGUUUAACAGGUCCGUGACAGAUCCGGACAGGUUCAGCAGUCUGGAGGACAUAGACGUGACGGCUGACGGGAGCCCGGUUCUCAGGAUACUUAUCUCCAUAGUGUAUUCAGUGGUGUGUGCUGUUGGCUUAGUUGGGAACUUACUGGUAAUUUUUCUUAUGAAGAUAAGGCAAGGGAGGAAAAAAUCCACAAUAAACUUCUUCGUUCUUAACCUGGCCGUGACAGACUUCCAGUUUGUGUUGACCCUGCCCUUCUGGGCAGUGGACACUGCUCUGGACUUCAACUGGCCGUUUGGACAUGCGAUGUGCAAGAUCAUUCUGUCCGUCACCGUCAUGAACAUGUACGCUAGCGUGUUCUUUCUCACUGCCAUGAGCAUCACACGCUACUGGUCUGUCGCAUCAGCUCUUAAGAACCGAACUCAACCGAUAUCCUGCUCGGUGAAAUGGGUGAGCGCGCUACUGUGGGUCUCAGCGACCGUGGCUACGGCACCAACAUCCAUAUUCUCCACCGUGAGAAGCGUGGCAGGAGAAAAGCUGUGCCUUCUGAGGUUCCCUGAGGGUCAGUACUGGCUGGCGCUCUACCAUCUUCAGAAAAUACUAAUUGCGUUUGUUUUUCCAAUGCUCAUAGUUUCAAUCUGCUAUUUGAUGCUUUUGCGCUUCAUUCGACUCCGAAGCAUGAACAACAAUCGUCCCAAGCGGAGAUCCAGGGUCACUAAAUCCGUCACUAUCGUGGUUCUUUCGUUCUUUCUUUGUUGGAUGCCAAACCAGGCCAUCACGUUCUGGGGAGUCUUGGUCAAAUUCAAUGUGGUUUACUGGGACAGAUCAUACUACAUUGUUCACACUUAUGUGUUCCCCGUGACUGUCUGUCUCGCUCAUGUCAAUAGUUGUUUAAACCCAGUUUUGUAUUGCCUCAUGAGACGGGAGUUCCGGAAAAUGCUAAAGGAUUUAUUUUGGCGAAUUUCUUCACCCUCGAUUCCUAAUAGCUGUCAAAUACGCCCAUUUUCUGGAACUGUAAAGCCGGAACAGGAGGACACCCAAGUAGUCAUUCCUCUGAACGUGAUAGAAACUGACCACUCCAGGCUAACACUAAUUAUCGGACGUUGUGAUGGACUUCCAAGCGUCACACAAGAAAGGUGAAACAAUACGCGCAAAAAGUGAAGCGCUAUAUAAACAUUUCAGAGAGCACAUCUUGCCAAUACGUGCCCAUACCAGUGAUAACAUGGCAUCCAUUUAUGAAUUAUCGACUGCCUUUCUGGUUUGCUUCAAAAUUUGUAUUCUUAAAGUGUGAAAAUUGUGAUGUGCCAAAUUAAGUGCAACAGUCUGUUGUGUAAAUGUGUAUCAUCUGAGUUUCAUUUCCAUUGUACUCUGCGGGUCAUAUCUUGUAUAUGACUAGUCGACUUGAUGGGUGUUCUAUAACAUUCAGAUAGAGAAGGCAGCGUUUAAAUGUCUAAUAUGCAACAGAGAAGCGAGAAUAUGCUGUGGUCUUGACGCAUGUGUUUUCUGAAACACAAGCACGUGUUUGUUCAUUGUGGGCGUACACCGUUGUGGGCUACUGUCAUUUUUAAAUUUGGAAUGUGCAAAAGUAAGAUUUCAGUGCACGAUGUCUUGCCUUAAAUAUAGUUUUAAAUAUUACGUCAUGAACUUUUGUUAAAUAAUUUGCAUUUUAAUGUAGGCUAUGCGUUUUUCAGACGCCCCAAAACCCAUUAGACUGCACUACCCAUAAACGAUAAACAUUAAUUAAACAAGAGUCAAUCAACCAAUCCUAAAAUAUCCAGGGAACAAUACAAUUUUGUAUUUUAAUGAAUUGUGUGUUUCAUAGAUGUUGGAAAUGAAAACAAUGUUUUUGCAUAAGAGAAUGAAUGUAAGUCAAUGAACCAUUGA